CUUUUUUUUUUUCUUUAAUCCCCUCCUGUCCGUAAUCUCUUUCUUUCUCAUGAAUCUUUUUUUCUCUUUUAUUGUCUAUUCGAAAUCGAAACCUCAAUCGUUAUACGUGAGCGUACUUAUAAAAAAGUAAGGAGAAGAAGAAGAAGAAGGAGAAGAAGAAGAAGAAAAAGAAGACGAAAAAGAAGAUAGAGACCAAAAAAAGAUAGAAACAAGAUAAAAAAAAAAGAAAAAAAAAAGAAAGACAAGAGAAGGAAAAAACGGCCAAUCGCUUGGCCACGACCUCUUUCUUUUUCUCUCUCAAAAGAAUCUUCGAUCUAACAUCGACACUUUCGUGAAGAAAAAUAAAGAAGGAGGAGAGAGAAAUAUACACAUAUACGCAUACACGGUAUAUCGUGCACAUACAGCGUAUACACACACACACACACACAUACACAGUAUAAAUACACACAGAUAUAUAGAUGUAAGCUUCUACCAAAAAAAAAAAAAAAAAAAAAAAGGAAGAAAGAAAGAAUAAGAGGCAGGGGGGGAUCGAGGUGGCGCGAGCGGCGAUCGGACUGACCGAGAGCACGAGCACGAUCACGAUCACGAUCACUAGCCGAGAGCACGAGAAAGGGCGCGCGCGCACGCGAGCAAAAGGAAGGAAGGAAACGAGAGGAGCAGACCACGGUCGUCGUUGCGUUCGACCGGGCCAACCAGUCUGCUGCUGCCCGCAGCAAACCUCGCGACGAUGGCCGAGUUUUAAUGUGAAGUUAUAAGUGGACGACGUAAUCGUGCCGUGCAAUAACGCGACGCGAUUUAAAAUGACGCAAAGCAAUUCGACGCUCACGUACCAAUUCUUAUAUUAUAUUCGUUUAUAGAUAAUACGAAAAUAACGAUAGAGAGACAGAGAGAAAGAGAGAGAGAGAGAGAGAGAGAGAGAGAGAGAGAGAGAGAGAGAGAGAGAGAGAGAGAGAGAAAAGAUAUCGAGAAAAGUGGAACAGAAACGGAGACAGACAAAGGGGGGAGGGGAGAAAUAGAGAGAGAAAGAGAGACAGAGAGAGACAGAGAGAGAGAGAGAGAGAGAGAGAGAGAGAGAUGUGGAACACCAAAGGUGGUUACAACCUAGAGUGAUCGUCACUUCCGGAAUGCCGUGGACUCAACCGCGCGCCUCCCGCGAUUUCAACCCCUUCUCUUAUCGUGGAUUCUGCGGUGAGGUUGAGCGAGGAAAGAGGAGAAACGUGCUGAAGAGGUGAUCACGUGCCCGACACAUACCCGAAGAAAAAUCAACGGGAAUAAAGUUCAAAGGUGGACUUAGUAGUAUCAUUGUGAUAAUGAAGUUUCCAAAAGGAAAUGAAAGAAACUAAAGCACAUCUCGGAGAAGAGAAAGAUUAAAUGAAUAGAAGGAGAAGAAGGAAGAGGAGAAAAAUUGAGAAACGUUAAAAGAAAUUACUGAAAAGUUACGGAGAUUUUCGAAAACAUUUUUCUGCAAUGUCAGCAAUAUAAGCAACCAUUAUGAAAUAAGCUUCGCGAAACUUUUCUGGCGAAGUACCACUGAUGCUUAUGUAACUUUUAUGAAGAAGAAAGAAAGAGAGAGAAAAGGAUUUCACGAUGCGGAUAUUAGUAUCCCAUAGAAAAAAGGAAAUGUCAGUAGAUUUAUUCGUAGAAAUGUCUGUUCGCGUCGAUGAAUAAAAACAGCGCAAUUUCGAGCGGUCACCGGCACUAUUUUCAACAAUUAAACUUCAAGGAAAAAAGGAAAGAAAAAAAAGAAGAUAAGAAGCAGAAGAAGAAGAAGAAGAAGAAGAAUGUUAAGCGCGUUGGAUAUUGAUUUCAGAACUCGUAUUGGUUAUAUCGAAAUUUCGGAUCGAACAGAAAGUGAUCGAUCGUGGUAGUAUCGUGUAAAGUGAUCGACAAAGUAUGUGUGCGUUUCAUGAAUAAAGAAAAUUGCAAACUGAGGAACGAACGAAAGCAAGCAAGGAAAAAGAAAGAAAAGAAAAUAAAAGAAAAGAAAAGAGAGAAAACAAAAUUCCUUUAGAGACGGCAGGAAGUGAGCCAGUAGGGAAAUUAAAGAUACGUCUAGUGUAGCUUGGCAAUUGAUGUAGACACGGAAUGUGGAAGUUCCGGUUGGCGUAUCGGAAAAGAGACGAGGAAUACGUUCGAUGGUCGAAGUUGGAUGUGCGGUUGAAUGCGCCCGGUCGUUCGAACUCAGAGGAGAAGAUCCUGUCACGUGUUUGGCGUACCGUGGAUGCCACGUGAUACUCGAAAAAAGUGCAUACGAAAAUACGAUCCCCGUGUUGGUUCACUUUCAUUUAAUCAAAGUGACGCGACGCGUGUUCGAUGUUAAAGCUGAGGUGAGAGAAAUUAGACUCGGAAGUAGCGAGGUGUUGUCCGCGAGUGUUGUUACAAGAUGGCGACCGGUAUCAUCGUCAAACCGGCAGGACGCCGACGAGAGCGCUGUUGGCGUCGUAUGCUGGUACGCGCUCACAUAUUUGCCGCCAUUUUGUGGCUCGACGCCAUCUUGACGUGCAGUGGGCAGAAGCCGAUCAAUCUCGGUGGUGUUAAGAAACGCGACGUCUAUAUAGCCGGUUUUUUCCCAUAUGGUAGUCACGUACGGGAAAGUCACGUGGGCCGUGGCGUCAUGCCCUCCGUCAAACUUGCCGUCGACCACAUCAACGAGGAUCCAACGGUGCUGAGAAAUUAUCGGCUACAUAUGUGGUGGAACGAUACCGAGUGCAACGCUGCCGUGGGUGUCAAAGCUUUUUUCGACAUGAUGCAUAGCGGGCCACAUAAGGUUAUGCUUUUCGGUGCAGCUUGCACUCAAGUUACGGAUCCGAUAGCGAAAGCCUCCAAACAUUGGCGUCUCACGCAGCUCAGUUACGCGGACACCCAUCCGAUGUUCACGAGCAAGAGCUUCCCUAAUUUCUUCAGGGUCGUACCGUCCGAAAACGCUUUCAACGCGCCACGCGUUGCAUUGCUAAUGCACUUCAAUUGGACCAGAGUUGGAACCAUCUAUCAGAACGAGCCACGUUACGCUUUGGCACACAAUCGUUUGGUCUCUGAUUUGGAUAAGAACAAAAUGGAGGUCGUAGAAACACAGAGUUUCGCUACGGAAGUAACAGCAGCACUCGAGAAACUAAAGGAUAAGGACGUGAGGAUCAUUCUUGGAAACUUUGAUGAAAUUUGGGCGAGAAGAAUAUUCUGCGAGGCCUACAAAUUCGGAAUGUACGGAAGGAAGUACCAAUGGGUCGUAAUGGGCACUUACGCAGAAGAGUGGUGGACUCUGCCCGGUGGUGGCUGUGCACCCUCCGAACUAGCGGAGGCUUUGCACGGCGCCAUCUUGACAGAUCUCCUACCUUUAACGACCGAGGAGGAUUACACUGUGUCUGGAAUCACACCUGAUCAGUAUCGAGUCGAGUACGACUCGAGAAGGGGAAAGGAGUAUUCGAGAUUUCACGGAUACACGUACGAUGGAAUUUGGGCGGUGGCGUUGGCAAUACAGCACGUAACACGUAGGAUACGACACUUUCGUCGGAAUCAGACUAUAUCGGAUUUCAAAUACAGAGACGCACUUUGGGAGAUGUUAUUCCUCGAGGCUCUCGGGAACACAAGUUUUAAAGGUGUAACGGGGCCCGUACGUUUUUAUAACAACGAGAGGAAAGCUUACAUCUUAUUGAAGCAGUUUCAAAGCGGUACCGAGGUUAAAGUUGGCGAAUAUGACGGAGUGACAGACACUUUAGAUCUGAGUAAAGGAGACUCUUUAGUUUGGAGAGGCAAGUCACCUCCAAAGGAUCGAACCGUUCACAUCAUUGAACAUUCCACCGUGAAUAUUACGAUCUACGCGGUACUGGCGGCCGCUGCAAGUGUUGGCAUCGUUAUGGCGGUCGUUUUCCUUGCCAUAAACAUAAGAUAUAGAAAUCAAAGAUAUAUAAAAAUGUCAUCGCCACAUCUGAACAAUCUCAUCAUCAUUGGGUGCAUGUUUACAUACAGCAGCGUCAUUUUUCUUGGGUUAGACUCACAAUUGUCGAGCGUGACUGCGUUCCCGUAUAUUUGUACCGCAAGGGCAUGGCUUCUGAUGGCUGGAUUUUCAUUAGCUUUCGGCUCUAUGUUCUCGAAAACUUGGCGAGUGCAUUCGAUAUUCACGGACGUGAAGUUAAACAAAAAGGUUAUAAAAGAUUAUCAGCUUUUCAUGGUGGUUGGCGUACUUCUGGUUAUCGACCUCGGGAUCAUGACUACGUGGCAGAUCGCCGAUCCAUUUUAUCGAGAAACUAAGCAGAUGGAACCUUACCCGCAUCCCUCGAGCGAGGACAUCAUCAUCAUACCUGAAAACGAGUAUUGCCAGAGCAACCGGAUGACCGUUUACAUGGGUUCUAUAUAUGCUUAUAAGGGCCUCCUGAUGAUUUUCGGUGCAUUUCUCGCGUGGGAGACACGACACGUCAGUAUACCAGCUUUAAACGACAGCAAAUAUGUCGGCAUGAGCGUUUACAAUGUCGUGAUAAUGUGCGUCACCGGUGCUGCCAUAAGUUUCGUCCUUGCCGACAAGCAAGACGCCAUGUUCAUCAUGCUCGCCGUCUUCAUCAUAUUCUGCAGUACGGCCACGCUCUGUCUUGUGUUCGUGCCUAAGCUGAUAGAGUUGCGAAGAAAUCCGCAGGGUGCAAUCGACAAACGAAUGAGACCAACCUUAAAACCGGUGUCCAAAACUAGAAGAGAUUCUACCGUGAGCGAGUUAGAGGAACGAUUGAAGGAAGCGAUGACGGCUAAUCAAAAGUUUCGCAAACAGCUUUUGGAAAAGGAUAGCGAACUUCAAAUGUUCUUAAGAAGACUUGGCGAGGAUGGAGUAGCGGACACUCAGGAAGUCAUGGACAGGCUAACCGUUCCAAGGCAAGAGGGAAUCAUAAAAAAAGAAGGUCCAUCUUUAACCACGGAAACAACCGAUAUUUCGAUGUCCAUGUGCAGUUUAACUUCUACUACGGUAUCCCAAGCGGAAGGGGACUAUGUGAACGCGAGUGUCGUCGAGCAGGCCGCAAAAAAGAAGACGACUUUUGGGAAGGUACCAUCCAUCGCGGUCGAUAACGAACGCUCACCCUUGAUCCUUCCGUCGGCAUUGAAGCAAACUACCGGUGAGGAUACCGCUCGUAGGAAAAGUCAUGUUUGCGACGAAAAUCAAGAUAGCGAGCCAUUGCUUGAAAGGAGUCCGGAACCACGUUCGGAGGGUAAAAUGAACGUCGACUUCGUACCAGAGGUAGUCGAGGAAACUGAUUCAAUUGUUCUCGAGGAAACUGCUAUUCCCCGAGAUGCUAAAAUCAUUAUGAAAAAGGAUGAGGAGAGAGCGAGACUGCCAACACCACCACCUUCCAAAAAUGUCUCUUUCAGUGAAUUACAUGAUCAAGGAUACUCUGAGCAUAUUCUUCCUCCGCCAUUACAAUUUGUUCCACCGAAACAUCGUCACUCUGGAUUUGUGAACGUACCAUCCCAUCAGUCUUUAAAAAGAAGAUCAUCUGUGAGGAAUGAUAGCUUGGCACAUUCUCAUCACGAACUAUCAGAAUGUCGCAGAACAAGCGUUCCAAUUAAUUCGAUCAGCUACAUUUCGACGGAGAACGUAUCCAAGUCGAGUGGUAAGGACGACAUUCAAACUUCUUUCGACAAAGCAUACGUGAUCGGGGAAUGUGGCCACCGGCGUAGUUUAGUUACCGGCUACAGAUGCGAAAAGCAUGGUGGACGUGGACACAGUCACGCAAUGAUUAAUGGCUCUGCCGAGACCCCACCAGCGCCGCGACGUCAUCGUAAGCAUCAUGAUUCUCACAACGCCAGUUCACCGAGCGUGCCCGCCAUGGUCAACGCCAGCUACUCUGAUACUGAAAGAUGUGAGGAGUUAGCUUCAGCGAUCAUUCAACGCUCGGUUUCGGAGAGAUCGCGAGAGAAAUGUUUACGUGGUCGAAGCGGCGGUGGUCAUUCAAUCUCCGAGUGUCCUCAUCGGGCUGCUGCCUCGCGGAAGAUUCGUGAAUGCAGACACACCGAAUCGAAAUUGCGUCAUCAGCAGGCUCGCUUGGAAUACGUUCAGAGCACUCCAAAUGUAGCGACGAUUCACAACAGCAAAUAUGCGAGUGGUAAUCCACGCGCUGGGGAUGUUGGUGGAAGUGGCGAAGGUAUCCUCGGAUCAGGUGGUGUGAGCCGUGGUGGAGGUGGAACCCGUGUUGGUUCGAGAGCUGGGCCUGGCGUAACGUCGAGUGGUGGGGAAAUAUAUAGUGCUGCCUCUGACGGCGAACUCUUGGACCGGGCGAUAUUACUGCCGAUAUUUCAGAAGCUCCUCACCGAGAGACAUAAAAGUAAUGCGAGGAGUGGAUACGGUGCUAGCAUAGCGAGUUGUCCGAACAUAUCGAUAAAGUGCGACAUUGUCGAGUAUCUGUAA